AUGUCGUUGAAGGAUUCGGGUUCAUGGCCCUUCGAGGCGAUAAAGUACUUCUCCGGUAUGUUUCGUCAGCUCAAUGCCGCCUACGUUGUUGAGAACAAUUCAGGCGUUGCCGUAACACUAUCCCUCUUUGAUCAUGUUCUCACCUUCAGAAAAGAGCUCGACCUUGUUUGGCUCCAGCGAGGCCCGUGGAGUAUCAUGCAGCUUGUCGUGGUGAUGAAUCGUUAUGGCGGGGAAGCAAGCAUGCUAUACCUCGCGUAUAUCGUGCUAUUGCUCCGUGUCUAUGCCUUAUGGGACAACAGGCGGUCUGUCAAAUAUGCACUAUAUAUCGGAUUUAUGCUCCUUUAUGAUGUCUUUGUCUUCGUAACACUGGUUGCUAAUGCUCUGAGCCGGCCACGGCGGAAUAAUUCAGAGAUUGUGACCAACCUCAGCCGUGAUAGAAUCUUCACCUUCCUGGUGAAUUACACAUUCCUUACUAUAGGAGUCUGUUGGACUUUGGAUUACAUCCUUUGCUUCCGUUUGUUUCUCAAGAUGAAGGACGCUGAGAUCAGAUCAGGAUGGGAAGCCAUGGGAACUCCGGGCACUGUGCACAUCCGGGAGACCAUCGAAAUGAUGAGCAUAUGA